UAAAACCAACAAGACUAGAUGAACCAAAAUGCUUUGAUAUUGAAAGUGAAGAAGAUACAUGGCUAGACCCAGACCCAGAAGAAGAAAUAAAAUGGUUUAGUGUAAAAUCUUGUCUAUUCUUUAUAGGCAAGACAGAAAAUAGAUUUACACAAUAUAGAUUUAUGUAA